AUGAACAUGCUUGUUGCUGAGCAAGUGGCAAUAUUUUUACAUAUCAUUUCUCAUCACCUUAAAAAUCGAGUUACCAAGCAUCACUUUAAUAGGUCUGGGGAAACCGUUAGCAGAUCAUUUCACAAUGUUUUAAAUGCUAUCAUACACUUACAAGAUGUGUUAUUUAAAAAGGCAGAGCCAAUUACAGUUAACUCUACAGACCCAAGGUGGAAAUGGUUCAAGAAUUUCUUAGAUGCUUUAGAUGGAACCCACAUCAAGAUUAGGGUUCCAACAGUUGAUAAACCUAGAUAUCAAACACGAAAAGGUGACAUAGCAACAAAUAUGUUAGGUGUUUGUACACCUAAUAUGCAAUUUGUUUAUGUUCUUCCUGGUUGGGAAGGUUCUGUUGCUGAUGGACGAGUUCUUCAAGAUGCCAUUAGUAGGAGACAUGGACUAAAAGUUCCUCAUGGUUGUUAUUAUCUAGUUGAUGCUGGAUACACAAAUUGUGAGGGAUUUCUUGCACCAUUUAGAGGACAAAGAUAUAAUUUGAAUGAGUGGCGUCAGGGUUACCAGCAAAGUACUCCGGAAGAAUUUUUCAAUAUGAAACAUGCUUCGACACGUAAUGUUAUUAAAAGAUGUUUUGGGUUACUAAAACUUAGAUGGGGAAUACUUAAGAGUCCAUCAUUCUAUCCUAGUCAUAAAGAAGCCGCUCAAUUCAGAUAUCGGAGUUUCCCUUAUUAUGACCAACUUACUGCCAUCUACGUAAAAGAUCGAACCACUGGGAAAGAUGCUCAAACAGCCGCUGAUAUUAUUGAAGAAAUAGAUGUUGAGGAUAUAGCUGAUACAAAUACUCAUGAAGAAAGAAACGAUUUUCAUGGAUGCGAAGCUGAUGUUUCUUUAGAUGACAUGGAUCUUUCAGCUACACAACCGCAACCAGCUAGAAACCAAGAGCUAUUCAAUUACAGUUUUAUUCCAUUACAGCCAACUACGCUUAAUGUUGCUAGUAAAAUCAUGACUACAUUAUGGAAAAUCACCAAGCAGUGA